GCGGUAAACAUGGUUUUCUGAAAUAGCAGCGCUUCCGUGAAAGUUUCUUGUUUUUAAGUAAAAGUUGUUAUUGAAUUCCAUUCCUCGCCUCGUCGCGCACCAACAAAAAAGUCGACGUACGAACACAACACGUUUUUGUAUCGAAGUUGGACUUCUGGCCUGUUGGCGACGAAGUAGUUGACGAGUGUUUCUUUCGGAAAAUUGCGCGCUGCUGCUGCUUACCACAAAUAAGGCCGUUUAAAUUCUAAGUCUCAAAGUUUCAAAAACAAAAAAUAUGUAAAACAGAAAAUUUCAAAAUUGAAGACGUAAAAGAGUUAAGGAAAGAAUGUAGUUGCAAAAACCAAAAUAAAUAUAAAAUAACGAAUUUAAUUCAUGUAAACACCAAUUAUAAAAGCAAUAUUGAACACACGGAGAAAGCAAAACAGCAAAUCAGUGCAUUUGAAGCAAAUCUAAAUUCUACAAAGUAAUAAAAAAUAAAAAGUGCGCCACAGUAUAUUCUGAAAGUGCAAAAUAAUCGCUUCGCUCGCCUUAGCCACCAAGGAUUACGGUUUGCGCGUUUGACUUAAGCGAUUACAUUAAACAAAUAAGAAAAACCAAACAGUUGAAAAGUUGAAUCUGCCUGUGACUUUAGAGAAAAUAUACUUCAAGCAUAGAAAAAGAAUGUUUUUCAAAAGAUAAUACAUCACACAAAGAUAGUCGUGUGCCAUGUUGCAAAUAUGCCAUGUGCAGUUACCAAGUGUUUGCCACAAAAUGUGUUAAGUGCAAAAAACGCAAAUAAUUAAAAUCAAAUAUAAAUCACAAAUCAAACUAAUAAAAUCACAAUCCAGUAUUUAACGAAACAGCAGCUGUACGAGUGGCUACUCAGUCCUCAAAGCAUCAGCCAGCACAGCUACAAAUUGUUCUUCACACUUGCAACAAAUCAACUUAUACAUUACCACAAUGCGUUCCUCCAGCACAUCCGCAUCAGUUGCGGCGGCGACAGGCAUGCGCCGCUCACUCUGCCGCCAGCUCCUGUUCCUGUUCGUCAUCAUCAACAGUCUCACCAGCAGCUACACGCACGCCCAGCAAUGCUCCUGGGAGUUCGUGCGCACCACGCUCGACAUCAAGUGUAAUUUGCGCGCUAUCGAGCCGCUGGCUCCGCUCGAUCUGCAAGUCGCCGAAACUGCCAAUAGGCUAGAAAUCCAGUGCUCCGCCGAUCUACUUUACGCCAGCGAACUGCCGGCGAAUGCCUUUGCGCGUCUGCAAAAGCUCGCCGAAUUGCAAGUGGAUGCGUGUAAAAUGCAACGCAUCGCUGCCAAUGCUUUUGAUGGGCUCAUGUCGUUGAAGCGUCUCACGGUACAGACACAUAAUUCUGUCUGGGGACCAGGCAAAUCGCUUGAAAUAUUGUCUGGCUCGUUUGCCGGUCUGCGCGAGUUGAACGAGCUGAAUUUGAGCGACAACAAUAUACGCCAACUGCCCGAGGGUGUUUGGUGCACCAUGCAGAAUUUGCAAGUGUUAAAUUUGACGGCAAAUCGUAUACGUUCGGCCGAGAAUUUGGGCUUGUCGGAGAAGAUGUGCACUCUGAAUGGCGCCAGUGGUGGCGCCGAAUUGCAAGUCUUGGAUGUAUCGCACAAUGAGUUGCGUGCCCUGCCCGAUGUGUGGGGUGCGUCGCGUUUACGCCGCCUGCAGCAAUUGAAUUUGCAACAUAACAACAUUAGCACGUUCGCACCGAAUGCGUUGGCCGGUCUGAGUUCAUUGCGCAUACUGAAUUUGUCGUACAACCAUUUGGAGACUUUGCCCGCCGAUGCGUUCGCCGGCAAUAAGGAGUUGCGCGAGAUACAUCUGCAAGGGAAUGAAUUGUAUGAUUUGCCCAAGGGCUUGCUGCAUCGGCUGGAGCAGCUGCUUGUGCUGGACUUGAGUGCCAAUCAGUUAACAAGCCAUCACAUUGACAACAACACAUUCGCUGGACUUAUACGCUUGGUCGUGCUGAAUCUAUCCAAUAAUGCGCUGACACGCGUGGGCGCCAAGACCUUCAAGGAGCUGUAUUUCUUGCAAAUACUCGACAUGCGCAAUAACUCCAUUGGAAUCAUUGAAGAGGGUGCCUUCCUGCCGCUGUACAACUUGCACACGCUGAAUCUCGCUGAAAAUCGCUUACAUACCUUGGACAAUAAGAUCUUCAAUGGACUGUUUGUGCUGACAAAGCUGACACUUAACAAUAAUCUGGUUAGCAUUGUCGAGACACAAGCAUUUCGCAACUGCUCCGAUCUGAAAGAACUGGAUCUCAGCUCAAAUCAGCUGGUCGAAGUGCCCGAGGCUGUGCAAGACUUAACGAUGCUAAAAACACUGGAUUUGGGCGAAAAUCAAAUCUCCGACUUCAAAAAUGGCACAUUCAAGAAUUUGAGCCAACUGACUGGCCUGCGUUUAAUUGAUAAUCGCAUUGGCAACAUCACCCAAGGCAUGUUCACCGAUCUGCCGCGCUUGACCGUACUAAAUCUGGCUAAGAAUCGCAUUCAAACCAUCGAGCGCGGAUCCUUCGACAAGAACAAUGAAAUCGAAGCUAUUCGUCUCGACAAGAACUUUCUUACCGACAUCAACGGCAUCUUCGCCACACUUGCCUCUUUGUUGUGGCUGAAUCUUUCGGAAAAUCAUCUGGUGUGGUUCGAUUAUGCCUUCAUACCGUCAAAUCUCAAAUGGCUCGACAUUCACGGCAACUACAUUGAAGCGCUAGGCAACUAUUAUAAACUGCAAGAAGAAAUUCGCGUUACUACACUCGAUGCCAGCCAUAAUCGCAUCACCGAAAUUGGCGCCAUGUCAGUGCCGAAUUCGAUUGAGCUACUCUUCAUUAACAACAAUAUUAUUAACCAGAUACAAGCCAACACAUUCGUAGACAAGACACGCUUAGCACGCGUGGAUCUCUAUGCUAACGUGCUUUCGAAGAUCACACUGAAUUCGUUACGCGUCGCUCCAGUGUCCAUCGAUAAGCCAGUGCCUGAGUUCUACCUGGGCGGCAAUCCCUUCGAGUGCGACUGCUCAAUGGAAUGGCUGCAGCGCAUUAACAACCUUACCACCCGCCAGCAUCCACGCAUUGUCGAUCUGGGCAACAUUGAAUGUUUGAUGCCGCACAGUCGGAAUGCGCCCAUACGUCAACUGUCGGCGUUGAGCAGCAGCGACUUUGUCUGCAAAUACGACUCCCACUGUCCGGCGACGUGCCACUGCUGUGAUUUCGAACAAUGUGACUGCGAAAUGGUUUGCCCUGACAAUUGUACCUGUUUCCGUGACGCUACCUGGUCGACAAACAUUGUGGACUGCGGGAAACAAAAUCGCAUUAAUCUACCCGCGCGCAUACCUUUCGACGUCACCGACCUCUACUUGGAUGGCAACAACUUGCCAGUGCUGGACGCUCAGGUGUUUGCCGGCAAACGAAAUUUACGUGCGCUCUACCUGAAUGCCUCAAAUGUAAUGUCCGUGCAGAAUGGCACCUUCGAUGAGCUGAACAUGGUGCGCACACUACAUUUGGAGAAUAACAAAUUGCAAGCGCUUGAGGGAUACGAGUUCCGUCAACUGUCACUGUUGCGCGAGCUGUAUUUGCACAACAAUCUCUUGACCCACAUCUCGAAUAGCACAUUCGCGCCGCUAGUGUCGCUAAAGGUGUUGCGCCUCGAUAAUAAUCGCAUGACGGCCAUGCCAAUUGCGCAGCUGGCUAAUUUGCAAUACCGUAACAACUUGCAGGGUCUGACAAUUGGACGCAAUGCGUGGUCAUGUCGUUGCCAAUUUUUGCAGGAGUUGGCGCAAUUCGUGUCGGACAACGCGAUAGUGAUACGUGACGCACAGGAUAUAUACUGUGUGGAUGCGGGUGUAAAGCGCGAACUCGAUUUGCUCACUUCGGGUGGCGUUGAUUGCAGUGAGCUGCUGGAAAGUGCCAGUAAUAUGGCUUCACAAGACAUCUCAGGCGGCUACGUGCCACUACUCGCUGCUGUGCUGGUGCUAAUCUUUCUGAUUGUCGUGCUGAUCAUUGUUUUCGUCUUCCGCGAGUCUGUGCGCGUCUGGCUUUUUGCGCACUAUGGCGUACGCGUGUGCGAACCACGUUUCGAGGACGCCGGCAAACUGUAUGAUGCGAUUAUUUUGCAUUCCGCCAAAGAUUAUGAAUUUGUUUGUCGCAACAUCGCCGCUGAAUUGGAGCAUGGACGACCGCCAUUCCGGCUUUGCAUACAACAACGCGAUCUGCCACCAGAAGCAAGCCACCUGCAAAUCGUCGAAGCUGCGCGCGCUUCACGCAAAAUUAUAUUGGUGCUCACACGUAAUCUGCUAUCGACCGAAUGGAAUCGCCUCGAAUUCCGCAAUGCAUUCCAUGAGGCACUGCGUGGACUCGCACAAAAGCUAGUGAUCAUCGAGGAGACAAAUGUGUCUACCGAGGCCGAAGAGGUGCCCGAGUUGGCACCGUACCUGAAAUCAGUUCCAUCGAAUCGGCUGCUGACCUGUGAUCGCUACUUCUGGGAGAAACUACGCUAUGCCAUACCAAUUGAGCUGUCACCACGCGGUAACAACUACACAUUGGAUCAUCACGAACGUUUCAAGCAACCCGUUUCGCCAGGUGUAAUCUUCCGUCAAGCGCCACCGCCACCCGCCUAUUACCAAGAAGAUAUGGAAGCUAACUAUUCAUCGGCCACCACGGCCACACCUUCGCCACGCCCCAGCCGCCACGGUGCGCGCAUUGUCGAUGCGAUUCCCAUGCGUCCGCCAUCCGAACACAUCUACCAUAGCAUUGAGUCCGAGUACAGCGCUUAUGACCCGCAGGAAGCGCUCUCCAUGAUACCGAAUGGCGGCAGUGCGGCCACAUUCAUGCAACACCAUCCCCAUCAGCCACAUCAUCCCUUGCAACACGGGCAACAACAACAACUACUCGCACCCAAUAGCUACCGCGUGCACCACCAUUCGCAGAACAACCCUCGCGCCAGUGCGGCCAGCCAUCAUGCGAUGGUCAUGCAACUACAACAGCAACAACAGUGGCGGCCAUCGAUGGGUGUGACGCAAGCUCCGCCAGUGAAUUUAUUGUCCGGCGCGACGACGACCAAUCAGCAACAAGUCGCAACAGCCCCAAUACAUUUGCGCACAGGCAGCAAUUUGAGUCAGGCGAGCACGAGCACACAAUCAACAUCCGCGGCUGCGCAAACGCCCCAACCGCAAGCAUCGACUUCCGCUGCGGCUGCGGCGGCGGCAGCUGCAGCUGCCAAGGCGGACAAUGGCGGCGGCUCAGGUGCGACAAUUGCAACGGAGGGCAAUGCCAAUAUGGCAGGGAGCUCAAGCGCGGCGAAUAAGAACAAUGGACAGGCGUUUUUGGUAUAAUGAAAGCCACAAAAGCAACAGCAACAGCAAAAACAAAAGCAGCAACACAACAAACAACAGGAACUGCGUAUGCCGCAACAACAGCAAUUGCAAAGCUCAAGCAGAAGGGGCAACAAAGUUGAUGAGCUAGUUGUUGUUGUUGAACGUUUAACGUGAGUUGAAUGCGCUUGCCGCAGUUGAAGUGCUAUUGUCGCUGCUGUUGUUGCUGCACGCUUUGUUUGCCUGCCACAGUCACAGCCAC